AUGCCUCGCGAGCUGCCGGGGUUUUACUUUGACGAGGAGAAGAACCGAUACUUUCCCCUCUCGUCCAAACCAAACAAGGCGCCCACCAGCCAUCCUCGACCCACUGCUGUAUCGUCUCAAGGAGCUUCGGAGAGGAAAAGAGCGGAAUACGACCCCACGCAAGAUGUACAGAGGAGCAGGAAGAGGAGGCGGCUGAACCCAUCCGCGCUAUGGGCUGAAAUACGGUCAGGACCUUCGUACGCAUGCAGGCAGCGUUGGAUGCAGUCAGUCCUGCCCCUACGCGUAGCAGCUACGUCCCGCUUCAGCCACAUCUCUCUCAGCGGGCCUCUCUCCUCGUUCUGCGUUUCAGACGCAGGCGACCGCCUGCGCUGCGUGACCGGCGACCACAAAGGUUGGCUGUACGAAUCCGUCGCGCUCGGCGGGGAAUGGGGCGCUUUCGACCAAGUGGGCUACCUGCCCAGGUCGUUCGAAGAUUUGAACUCGCGCCGAGUCGCUUGGAAAGCGGACCUUUGCUUAGGCUCGGACGUGAGCAUCUUGCUGCGUUUAUCCGUGUUAGGUAGACCGGCUCAGAAACGAUCAUUCAUCCUCAAUUUGGACUGCAGGAAGAUAUCAGACAUCUGGACAUCCCACCUCCACGGGCCCAGCCUCGCCCUCGGCGUCCGCAAAAAAGCCAUCCACAUCCCCUCCCUCGAAACCACCCAGUCCUUCACCACCCUCGACACCCACUCCGACGUCUUCGCCGUCCUCCAAUCCCACGCCCUCGUCUACGCCGGCGCGCGCAACGGCUCCGUCACCCGGUUCGACACGCGCACCCCUAAGCACCAGCACGGGCACGAUAUCUUGAAUGGGCGGUACAAAGACCGCCGGAGCUCGGUCGUCCAUAUGGGGCUCGUCGACGAGUGGGGGAUGGUGGUGAACGGGAUCAGCGGUGAUUUGGAGAUGUUCGACCUCAGGUUCUCGAGCACCGGCAAGCCCGUCACGACAUUCUCCGGCCACGUCAACAGCUACACGCGCGAACUGGGCUUCGCCAUCGACGCCGCCAGCGACCUCCUAUUCGCCGCCGGCCACGAUUCCCGCAUCCGCGGCUGGUCCCUGCGGAGCGGCGAGCUUCUGCGCCCGUCAGAGCCGGAAGACCAGAAAGGCUUGAGCAACCCCUUUGCCGCAGUCUUCGAGAAGCCCGUCCGGACGCUGCAGAUCACCCAUACAGACGGGGUUCCUAUGUUAUGGGCCAACUCCGACAAACAUCUGCUUGCAUAUCCUCUGGGUCGUCGGGCUGCUUGGAAUGCUGCAUAA